AUGCGCACAUUUAUCUCAAUACGGAAGUAUUUUUUGCACUUUGAAGAAUCUCAUUUGAAGUGUUUUGUUGUGAUUUGUGCAAAUAAAGGACUCUUCAGAAUAAUAAUGACAAGUAUUAUUGAAACAAGUCUCGACAACGCAAUUGUAUUGAACCUUCCGGAUUUUCUUAAUAAACCAUGGUUUGAAGAUAUUCUACGUGAAGCAGAGAACGACCGCACACUCUCGAUAACAACAUUUGAAUUAUUUCCGGGAACCAAACCAGGGGAAAACUUUUCAAGCUCAAUGUUUAAAGCUGUUGUUUCUUAUACCUCGAGAGGCGAAACAGUAGAUUCGAGAUCCUUCAUAGUUAAAACAAUGCCAAUUGAAGAGGGCUUCCAAAAGGAUAUACUUGAAGAAAUGCCAGUUUUUGACAGAGAAAUUGCUUUCUACACAGAAAUUCUCCCCGAGAUGAUGAAGAUGAUGAAGUCAAUAGGAGAUGAAGAAGAAUUAGCUCCAAAAUUGAUUUAUCACAGCACGAAUCCGGCAAUUAUCAUUCUGGAUGACCUCACGAAGUACGGUUAUGAAAUUCACGACGGAUUCUUCGAUUUUGACAACACGGUAAAAGUAGUGAAAAAAUUGGCGAAAUUUCAUGCUCUUUCAUAUUUCAUCAAUGAUAAGUGCAAUCAUGAUAUGAAUUUUGCAAAGUACAAAACUGUAAUGACGGAUUCAUUGAUGAAAAAGAUGAAAAUUUUCUACGAUGGAUUCGAUCACCUUAAAGAUGAGGUGAAAAAUUGGAUUGGAUUUGAAGCGGUUGCUGAAAAACUAUCAACACAAGGCGCAACAUUUACCAAAGGAUUGAUGGAAGCAUUUAAGCCGCACCCCGAAGAUCGUUUCAAUGUGCUUUGUCAUGGUGAUUUUCACGUGAGAAACAUGAUGUUUAUCAAGAAUGCGGGUGAUAUUGAUAAGACCAUAUUCUUGGAUUUUCAACUAUGCUUUUGGGGAAGUCCGGCUGUUGAUUUAUUGUUCAAUCUUUACGCCCUUGGCAAUGCAGAGUGUCGUCAACGUCGAGGAGAAAUUGUACUGAUUUACCAUCAAUUUCUCACUGAAUAUCUGAAUCGACUGGGAAGUUUGCAAAAACCGCCAACUUUACUGGAACUCAAUAUAGAGCUAUUGAGAGUUGGAGUCGUGGAACUAUUGUGGUGUGUGUGUUUUCUGCCAUUUUUCUACUUGGACUUCUCAGAAAUAGAUGAAAAAGUCGUCAUAGAUCCUUCUCCAGAGGACAUGUGCAAGUUGAGGAAGAUGAUGUAUACCAAUGUGGAAAUGGUUACAAUAUUAAAGGAAGUUCUCCCAGAACAGAUGUACAAAGGAAUAUUGGCAUGCUUGAAAAUGGUUGAAAACGGUGAAACAAUCCAAUACAAUAAGGAUGAACUUAAUCCUCCCGAUUUUCUCAACAAAGAAUUAUUCGAAAAAGUCCUAAGGAAGGAGGAAAAUGAUAAAGCGCUUAAGAUUACAAGCCUGAAAUUGAUCCCAGGAACAAGGCCUGGCGAUCAUUUCGCCAGCGUCAUGUUCAAAGCCAUUGUAAGUUACACUUCGAGAGGAAAGCAAGUCAACUCGAGAUCUCUCGUAGUGAAAACGAUGCCAAUUGAGGAGGGAGCAAAGAAAGACCUACUUGAGGAUGCGCCCAUCUUCGAUAGAGAGAUUGAGAUGUACACUGAAGUCCUUCCCGAAAUGAAGAGGAUCAUGGAAUCGAUUGGAGACAAUGAAAUUAUUGCUCCCAGAUUGAUUCAUCACAGCAAAGAUCCGACGAUUAUUAUUUUCGAGGACAUCUCACCGCAAGGAUACAAAAUGCACGAUGGACUCUUUGGCUUCGACAAUACUGUGAAGGUGUUGAAGAAGUUGGCUAAAUAUCACGCUCUUUCCUAUUACAUGAAUGACAAUAAAUACAACACGACUGUAGAUUUUGCAAAGUAUGCAACCAUGAUGACAGAUGAAAUGAUUGAAAAAUUCAAACCUUUCAUUGAAGGAUUCGAUUAUCUGAAAACUGAAGUGGACAAUUGGCCAGGAUAUGAAACGGUUGCCGAAAAAUUGGCCACUCAAAAUGCAACAUUUUCUGGGAAGCUUAAAGACAUCUAUGCAGCGAAUCCUGAACCGGGAUUUAAUGUGCUUUGUCACGGUGAUUUCCACAUCAAGAACAUGAUGUUUAUCAAGAAUGGCGAAGACAUUGAUAAGACCAUGUUCCUGGACUUCCAAAUUAGUUUCUGGGGAUCACCUGCGAUUGAUCUUAUUUACAUUCUUUACGCCAUUGGAGACGCCGAUUGCAGGAAACGUCGCGGAGAAUUACUUUCAAUCUACCACGAAGCCUUCUGUGAGUACUUAAACCGACUGGGAUGCUUCAGGAAAUCUCCGACGUUACUGGAACUCAAUAUUGAAAUAUUGAAGAAGGGAGCAAUGGAAAUACUAAUGGGAGUGUGCUUCAUGCCAUUCUUCCAUAUGGAUUACACCAAAGUUGACCCCGAAGCAAUGGUGGAUUCCAAUCCUGAAGUCAUGGCUAAUAUGAAGAAAAUUAUUUAUGCCAAUGAAGGAGUUGUUAAAGUUCUGCGAGAAGUUCUUCCAGAAUUUUUAUACAAGGGAAUUAGAAGCUUGAAAAUGGUUGAAAACGGUGAAACAAUCCAAUACAAUAAGGAUGAAGUAAAUCCUCCCGAUUUUCUCAAUAAAGAAUUAUUCGAAAAAGUCCUAAGGAAAGAGGAAAAUGAUAAAGCGCUCACGAUUACGAGCUUGAAACUGAUCCCAGGAACAAGGCCUGGCGAUCAUUUCGCCAGUGUCAUGUUCAAAGCCAUUGUAAGUUACACUUCGAGAGGAAAGCAAGUCGACUCGAGAUCUCUCGUAGUGAAAACGAUGCCAGUUGAGGAGGGACUGAAGAAGGACAUGCUUGAGAAUGCGCCCAUUUUCGAUAGAGAGAUUGAGAUGUACACUGAAGUCCUUCCCGAAAUGAAGAGGAUCAUGGAAUCGAUUGGGGAUAACGAAAUAAUUGCUCCGAAGUUGAUUCAUCACAGCAAAGAUCCGACGAUUAUUAUCUUCGAGGACAUCUCACCGCAAGGAUACAAAAUGCACGAUGGACUCUUUGGCUUCGACAAUACUGUGAAAGUGUUGAAGAAGUUGGCUAAAUAUCACGCUCUUUCCUAUUACAUGAAUGACAACAAAUACAACACAUCGGUUGACGUUACAAAGUUGAAAAAUAUGAUGUCUGAUGAAAUGAUAGCAAAAUUUAAAGGUUUAUUUGAAGGUUUCGAUUAUCUGAAAGCUGAAGUGGACAAUUGGCCAGGAUAUGAAGUCAUCGCGGAAAAAUUGGCCACUCAAAAUGCUACAUUUCCUCCGAAACUGCUAAAAAUCUAUGAAAGUAAUCCUGAGCCGGGAUUUAAUGUGCUUUGUCACGGUGAUUUCCACAUCAAGAACAUGAUGUUUAUCAAGAAUGGCGAAGACAUUGAUAAGACCAUGUUCCUGGACUUCCAAAUUAGUUUCUGGGGAUCACCUGCGAUUGAUCUUAUUUACAUUCUCUACGCCAUUGGAGACGCCGAUUGUCGGAAACGUCGCGGAGAAAUACUUUCAAUUUACCACGAAUGUUUCUGUGAUUAUCUGAACCGAUUGGGAUGUUUCAAGAAAGCGCCAACACUGUUGGAUCUCAACAUUGAAAUGUUGAAGAAGGGAACAAUGGAAAUUAUGCUCGGAGUGUGUUUUCUUCCAUUCUUCGCUUUAGAUUUCAGUAAGGUGGACUUGAAUGAUGUCGUGGAUCCCACUCCUGAAGUCAUGGCUAAUAUGAGAAAGAUGUUAUAUGCCAACGCAGAUGUGGUUAAAGUAUUGCGAGAAAUUCUUCCUGAUUUGUUGUACAAGGGAAUUCUAUGCUAAUAAAAU